AUGGACAUAACCGUCAACGUUCCCCCUGAUUCAACUAACGGUACACUUGAAAAUGUGACUUCUAAAACCUUCGACAAAACGUGCUCUGACUCUCACAACAACAAUAAUUCCCUUCCGACGUCAUCCACUGCUUGUAAAACACAUUUAUAUCAAGGAGUUUAUCUACCUGAUGACGAUGGAUCUAUUCUCACUCCGGAACAUGCCUUUGUACAGUAUCAAACCCGGUCUGAAGAUCAAGCCUGCCAGAUUUGUGGUCAGCCAGCUGUCGGAUUCCACCAUCGGGCAUACGUUUGUGAGGCCUGCAAGAAAUUUUUCAUGCGACAUACAGCUGCCAGAUUACGAAAUUCUGAAAUUGGAUCUACAGUUUCUGAAUCAAUAUGUCCAAUGGGUGGUAGAUGUCGUGUUGAAGGUCCCGGUCGAGGUAAAUGCCCACAUUGUCGUUAUCGAAAAUGUUUAGAAUUGGGAAUGACUUUAACACCUCCCGGUGGUGAAGCUGGCUGUGAUAUUUCCCAAAUACCGUGUCGUGUAUGCAGUGGUCCAUCUUCCGGUUUUCAUUUUGGUGCAUUAACAUGUGAAGGCUGCAAGGGUUUCUUUCGACGAACUGUCUUAUCCAAUGUUCGUUUAGAAUGUCUUGGCAAUAAUGAUUGUCCAAUUACGCCAGCUAAUCGAAAUAUGUGUAAAAGUUGUCGAUUUCAACGUUGUCUAGCAGUUGGCAUGUCUAAAACUGGAAGUCGUAUUGGUCGACAACCUAAUGCAAUUAAAUAUUAUUGUGCUCGAGAAAUUUCCCAAUUAACUAAUUCCAAUGAUUGUGAAGCAACCACAACUAUGAAUCCAUCUUCAAGUUCAUCAAAUAAACAUGAAUCUAACCGACGUAAUUCAAUUAGCCAUAGUAGUACUAGUAGUGGUACUACAAAUCUAAGUUGUAACAUCAGUAAUAAUGGUAAUAAGAAUAAUAAUAUUACUACUAAUCAUGAUGAUAAUAAUCAUAACAGUAGUAAGAAUAAUAAUCUUAAUGAACAUGAUUUAUUGUCAAUUGCUGAAGAACAUUGUAGAUCAGUAUUAGGUCAAUCAAAUUAUCCAUCAUCUAGUUGGCCUUCAUUUAAACGUAUGAUGUCUAAUCUUGGUCAUUUGGAUUCAGUUAAUAACACUACUAUCGCCAAUACGACCACCGUCUCCAUAGCAACAACAACAACAACAACAGCGAAAACAACAAUAAUAUCAACAACUGGAGUAUCUUUAGUUCCAUCAAGUAUUCCUUUAACAUCAACAUCUACAGUAAAUCCUUUCAUUGAACAUAGUAAUCAUAAUUAUAACGAGUUACAAAAUAGUGGUGAUUCGGUGAAAAAUGGAUCUUUAUUAUCUUUAUCACCGUCUUCAUCUACAUCACCAUCGUCAGGGAUUAAAAGUCAUAUGAAGUAUAAGACAGAUACACGUGCACAGUAUCUUAAUUCUCAGUCACGUCCUUUUCAUCAUCAUCCUCCGCCACCACCGCCGCCUCAUCAUCCUGCACAAACAUCUAUUUCUCAGAAUAAUUGUUUUAAUAGCAAUAAUAUUGGUAUGAGUGGUAGCAAUAAUAAUAUUGCUAAUGGUGUUGUCCUUCUCUCUGGCCUUGGGGAUUCUGUUUUACCUUCUUCUACUUCCAAUGGUGCUAGUCAUGGUAAUGACUAUCUUUUAAUUGAUCCUUCAAGAAAUAUUACUAAACGACGUAAAACAAUACCGUCUGAAAUAGAUGUUAACUUAGAGAUCUCUGAUAAUAGUAUUACAUCUUCAAAAUUAACACCUAUUAACUCAGUACACAUACAUGAUGAUGAUGACAUUGAUGAUGAAGGCUGCGAUCAUGAUUAUAUUGAUGAUGUUAAUGACAACGUUGAAGGUGUUGGAAAUGGCAGUUCUGCUAGUGGUUCUAAUGGUAAUGAACAUUUAAACCAACGUUGCAGUCAUAGACAUCAACAACAAUAUCAUCAUCCUGUACACCAAGCUGUACAUCAUCGUCACCACCAACAACAACACCGUCGUAAUGCGGACUUGACAAGUUUGAAUGAAGAGAAUAUCUAUAAUGUUAUCGGUUCUGUUAAUGAUGAUUUGGAUAUUGGUACUAGUUGUAGAAGUAAUAGUAAUGAUAAUAAUAGUAGUGUAAUUAAUAGUAGAUAUGAGAAACUUGUAGAUAAUGGGAAAAUUCAUAACAUAUCAGUGGAUAAUUUCUCAUUUAUUAAUCAAUCAAGGCAUUUAUCAAAUCAAAUUAACUUGCCAAAUGAUAAUGAACAAAAUAUCAACACUAAUAAUAAUGAUAAUAAUAAUAAUGAUUGUUCCACUGUACUUGAACAAUUACAAUUUAGAAAUUAUCCAUUAAUGGAUAGAUCAUCAAUUAUUGUUGAAACUCAAUCAAAAGAUUCUCAUACGGUUACUACUCAUUUAAAUCAAUCCUAUUUACGACCUACACAAUUAAAUUUAACAACUGGAAGACACUUACCCGAUGAAUCCUAUUCAUUGUCUUAUCUUUCAUCCUCAUUAUCAUCAUCACCAACAUUAUCAUCGACAUUAACUACUACGUCAUGUCCACGAUCAUCUGUGAUAUCAGACUAUUCUGACUUCAAUAAUCAAUUAUCUGCUGAUGUUAGUGAUAAUAAUAACAAUAACAAUAAUAAUAAUCAAGUAUGGUUACCAAAACAACGGUAUAUUAAAUCUAGUCGGAGUUUACCAAAUGAACCAACUAAUAAUCAACUAAUAAGUUCAAAUAAUAAUAAUAAUCAGAAUGCCAAUAAUUAUUUAGGUUCAAAUUCUUUAGGAUUUCUCAAUGGUGGACGUAAUGUUGUUGAUAUAACUGGAUUAACUGAGACUGAACCAACAUCAACAACUACUACACCGUGGUUUGCAGCAGCAGCGGCAGCUGUAGCUGUUGUUAUGGCUGCAUCUCAAUCGUCAUCAUCAACUAAUUCCGCUUUAUUAGAUCCAUAUACAGUAUCAUCAAAUUUAAAUGAAUGUUUUGGAAUCAAUGAUCAUAAUAAUAAUAACAAUAAUUCAGGUGUAAAUCAUGUAAAUAAUCGACGCGUUCCAGUGAAUACAACUAAUUUUUCAAAGCAACGUUUCAAAUUAGGUCUACAUGAAACUGUUUUAGAUCAUCAACAUUCUGGUAGAUCAUUUUUGUCAAAUUCUUAUAAUAUUAAUCCAUAUGAUACUACUACUAAUACUACUAGUGGUCAUAUGAAUGAAAAUAUGUUGAAAAUUGGUAAAUAUGAAUCAACUGAUACAUUACGUUCAUUACAUCCAUCAUUAUCAUCAUCAACAUCAUCCGUAACAUCAUCAUUAUCUGAUGUUACACAUCCAUCGACAAUAGCUGCUAUGCAAGCGGCGGCUGUUGCAGCAGCAGCAGCUGCUACCGCUGCUGGUCUAGUUCUAUCCAAUAGUCGUGUACGUGGAUUAUCUGAUGAAAUCUAUCCAAAUUUAAAUCGUGUUAGUAUUUCUAAUUCAUUGUCUGAAUUACCAAAUAAUUGUUAUACAUCAACUACAUCAUCAUCAUUAUCCUCAUCAUCAUCACCACCACCAAUAAUGGGUAAUUUUGGUAGAAUUAUUGAAAAUCUUUCAAUGUAUUCAACAUCAUUAGAUCGUAAUGCUCAACCGAUCAGUAAUUUGGAUUAUCCAUCGUCAUCAACAUUACCCUCCUCUUCUUCAUUAUUAUUGUCAUCAACAGUGAAUAAUUUCCCUGUUAAUCAUUCCAUUGUAAAUACUACAUUACCAUCGAUUACUGUACCACUUAUACAUAAUAAGGAAAUUAGUCCACGUUUAAAGAAUGGUGUUAGACCGACUUCUAUAACAGUACAACAGUUUGCUGAACGCAUUCAUAUUGCUGCCAAAUAUAUGAUGACUGAAAGAAAGAACAUUCGAAGUAAUUUACCCCAACCAUGUAGAUUAAUCCAGGCAUCCGAUUGUGUUGAAGAUAUUUGGGGUCAAAUGAUGAAACACUUUGAAACACAUUCACGUUUUAUUGUACAGUUUGUUAAAUACAUUCCAGGGUUUUGUUACUUAAAAAUUAGUGAUCAACGUCAACUUGUUCGAAGUGCUAUGUAUCCGAUUAUGUUAUUGGAACUUAGCCGAGAUUAUGUGAAUGAAGAUCGAACACGGUAUAAUUAUUUCGAUUUUACUCCUGAAGAACAUGCAAUUAUACUUAGUCAUUUUCCAACAUUUCAUAAAAUAUCUGGUCAUUUAAUACGUUCAGGUGAAUUUUUAACUCGAUUAAAUUUAGAUAAUAUUGAAUUAACACUUAUGUGUGCUCAGGAAGUAUUUAAAGAUCGUCAAGGUUUAGAUGAUCCUGUGACACCAGCAUAUUUAUUUAAUUUAGUUGGACAAGCUCUUACUGAACAUAUUAUUUCUGUUGGAUAUUCAUUAGAAGAACGUUGUGCUGCAUUAUCACUUAUUUCACCAAUGUUAGAAGAAUUAAAUAUUGAACAUCAUGAAGUAAUUGCUCAAUUACGUCAAGAUAGACCAGAAUUAGAAUUUCCACAAUUAUAUCUUGAAAUGUUUCAAUUAACUGAAGAAGAACAACGUGAUCUUAAAUCUACUAAUUAUGAUCAAUCUGAUGAUAAUCGAUAA